UGCAGGCCGCUGCUGGACCUGCGCCCAAGGUCAUGAAGCUGGGACUUACCUUGGUGUUGCUGUCUCUCCUGGCAGGCCACUGUGGAGCCGACACCCGCGCCGUGGGAGCCCGGGAAUGCCGGCGCCACUCUCAACCUUGGCAGGCGGGCCUCUUUUACCUCACCCGACAGCUCUGCGGAGCCACGCUGAUCAGUGACCGAUGGCUACUCACAGCUGCCCACUGUCGCAAGCCGUAUUUGUGGGUCCGCCUUGGGGAGCAUCACCUGUGGCAGUGGGAAGGCCCCGAGAAGCUGCUUCUGGCCACGGAUUUCUUUCCCCAUCCUGGUUUUAAUUCGGAUCUCUCUGCCAAUGACCACAAUGACGACAUCAUGCUGAUCAGGCUACCUAGGAAGGUCCAGAUGAGUGCAGCUGUACAGCCCCUCAACCUCAGCCAGAGCCUGCCGACCGUGGGCUCCCAGUGCCUUAUCUCUGGCUGGGGCAGCGUGUCCAGCUCCAAAUUACAGUACCCAUUGACACUGCAGUGCGCCAACAUCAGCAUUCUGGACAACAGGCUCUGUCGCUGGGCAUAUCCAGGGCACAUCUCUGAGAAGAUGCUGUGUGCUGGCUUGUGGGAGGGCGGACGAGGCUCCUGCCAGGGUGACUCUGGGGGACCCCUGGUGUGCAAUGGAACCCUGGCGGGUAUAGUCUCUGGGGGAUCCGAGCCUUGUUCCAGACCCCGGAGACCGGCUGUCUACACCAGCGUAUGCCACUACCGGGACUGGGUCCAAAAAACCAUGGAAGAAAACUGAGUCCAUGCUAAGGACAGACCGGAGAGAACGAGGGAUGCAGGACU